CCCCGGUCUCUAAUGGCUGAACAACAACAACUGUCGGCGACUGACAAACUUUCGCAAACUUCAUCAGAGACAAAAGAAAGUUGGAGAUAUCGGCUUGUGUUGUUUCUGUAACCGGUUAGGGUUAUUUGUCUGUUCGUCUUAUAGUCACAAAUGUGGGAUUACUGAUGGAUCCGAGGUAUGAUAUUCCACGGAGGGCCGCCGGCGGUGGCGGCGGGGGCUCCGCGAACUCGUCCCCCGCUCUGGGGGCUCAGUCACGCCGCAGGAAGAUGCCUCCCAGACCCGCUGAUUUCAAACUUCAGAUUAUCAUUAUUGGCUCUCGUGGUGUUGGUAAAACAAGUCUCAUGGAAAGAUUUACCGACGACACUUUCUGCGAAGCUUGCAAGUCAACCGUAGGAGUUGACUUCAAAAUCAAGACGGUUGAGCUGAGAGGGAAGAAGAUUAGACUACAGAUAUGGGACACCGCAGGCCAGGAGAGGUUCAACAGCAUCACAUCAGCAUACUACAGAGGAGCCAAGGGAAUUGUGCUUGUGUAUGAUAUCACAAAACAGGAGACCUUUGAGGACCUUCCCAAGUGGAUGAAAAUGAUUGACAAGUACGCCUCAGAGGAAGCAGAGCUUCUGCUGGUCGGGAACAAGCUGGACUGUGAGACUGAUCGCAUCAUCUCCAGGCAACAAGGAGAGAGGUUUGCCUCUCGAAUAAGUGGAAUGCGCUUCUGCGAAGCUAGUGCGAAGGAUAAUUUUAAUGUGGAUGAAAUCUUCCUGAAGCUUGUGGACGACAUUCUUAGCAAGAUGCCUCUGGAAGUUCCCAACAAGGAGCUUUCCAACAGUGUCCUGUCUCUGCAGCCUGAACCGGAAGUGCCACCGGAGUUGCCCCCUCCUCGCAUGCGCUGUUGCUGAGAGUCGGAGUGGUCCCCCACCCUACCUAUACACACACACACACACACACACACACACACACACACA